AGUCCUGUGUGAGCGCGGAGGGCGUUCACUAGUUUCACUCACUGUUUGCCACAGGAGCAGGAGCAGCGGCACAGCGCCUGACCUGGAACAAAGGGGAAAAAGCAGCCAAAGCACUGGAGAGGAACUCAGGGAACUCCAGGGUAUUGAAAAGACACACCUGGCUACUUCAUCCUACUUUCUUCUACUACUUGUGCACCUGUCUUUGCUUAUCACAUCCUUCAAACUUGCAGAAGAUGUCUGAAGAUGAUUGCCGGUCUCCCAUUGGUCUGGACUGCUGUAGCUGCUGCCUGGAUUUGGCCAAUGGUAUUGAUGAGUCUAUGGGAGGCAGGGGGAGUCCGAGAGGUUUGGGGGCACUGCCAGGGAGUCCCACCAGCCCAACGGUCAGUCACUUUCGCCAGCUUCGCCACCAGCUCAGGUACCAGAACCUGAACACGGACAAGCUCAACAACAUCAUGAGGCAGGAUUCACUGGAGUCUGUGGUGAGGGAUCCAUGCUUCCUGCUCAAUGAGGGCAUCUGCAACAGCAAUAUCGACCAGACCAUGCUGUCCAUCCUGCUCUACUUCCACAGUGCCUCUGGUGCUAGCGUUGUGGCCAUUGACAACAAGAUUGAACAAGCAAUGGACCUUGUGAAAAACCACCUGAUGUACGCAGUCCGAGAGGAAGUGGAGAUCCUCAAGGAGCAGAUCAAGGAGCUGGCUGAGAAAAACAACCAGCUGGAGAGGGAGAACUACCUACUGAAGAACCUGGCUAGCCCCGAACAGCUUGAGAAAUUUCAAUCUCGCAUCCCUACAGACGUUCAGUUGGACAAUCAAAGCAUGCAGGUGAACACGGAGCACCAGCAGCUUCAGAUGUGUACCCACAGCUCUGGCUCUGCUGUAUAAGUGGCUCUGCUUUGGGGCGAGCAGAGCCGUCGCGUACAGUAAUGGACCUCCAUGUUUUGAUGAUGAAUCCUUCCAUAGGUGAAGGCAAUGCAUCUUGUAAUUGCUAGAUGGGACUUAAACGAACUGUUGAUAAGCACAGGACUCGAGAUGCUCUGAGUUAGGCGCGGUGGAUACCUAGUCUCUCUUAUUAGACUAGUUCAGCACUUUGUCCAGACAGAGAGGGGGACCCUCCUUGACCUGCCUAUAGCCGGACCGUCUCUAAAGUAAACCAAGAGAAGGGUCCUGACUGGGCUGGCCCUGCUGACAUCAUCUUGGAAUGUGGGUGAUCACUGGUAGAGGAGUACAAAGCGAGAUGGUCCUCCAUGUUUCUGAAGAAGAGCCCCGAUAUGUGGAUCAAAAAUACAAGUGUCAUGGACUGUCAUUACAUUUCAUUACAAAGAUGUACACUAUAACUGCUAUCUGCUUCAUUUAAUCAUGGUAAUUGACAUGCUAACAACACAGAGGUGGAGGCUGCCUUCAUUAAUCUCCAUAAUGAGUGACACAGUGUAAUCUUGUAUUGUCUGCAGUUGGGGCUUGCUGCUUAUGGGGGAAGUAAUACUGCUAUUUUUUCAUGUUUUGUAAAGAAAAAUCGGUUGUUGUAAAUUGUAAAGAUCUCUGGGAACAAUAGGCCUAUCUGUCCAUUCUGUCUGCCUAUAAAUCUCAAUUGUAAAAGGUUACUACAAUGUAUAUAAUGAUGAAACGUCCUGAUCAAAUAGAAGCUAGUGAGAAGUUACUAUGUCAGAUGCACUCCUGAUUGUUGUAUGCGUCUGUAUUGAUAACGAUGGCAUGACAACAGUGCCUGUAGUAGCAGAAGAGGGAGAUUUUCACACUGAAAUCUGUUGUUGUUCGCUAGCUACCAAAGACUGUUAAUUAUUUUUACGAUGACAGAUACAACCCAGGACCAUGUGUAUAAAAUCACAGGGAGAAGUGAGAAAUUUUCUAUGUUUUUUGGUAAAGAUAAUGGUGAUGUUGCUCUGAAGUAUCCAAUGUUUGGAUACAGCUGCACAAUGGCAAUAAACCUUAUGUUUACAUGAUA